AUGUCGGCUGCUGCCCAGAACUCUGCCUACUCCAUCACCAUGUCUCCUCCUCCUCCCUUCGACUUGGGUUCUUAUUCUCGCUCCAUGCACCAGCACACCAAGCGCCAGAUGGAGGCUUCUCAGACCACCCUGCCAAGGUCAUCGGGUUCGCCUUCCAACAACCAGACCUCCAACGGCCAGAGCCAAUCGAACGCCACACCAAGUCUGCCUAACGGCGUCUCGGGUACUCGCUCGAAUAGCGAUUACAGCCAUUCAUCCUGA